AUGGCGUCCAGCUUUUUCGCAGCAAAGGCAACGUCUUCCUCAAAAUUAACGUCAAAGCAACGGGUAGAACCUGCUCUACAACCAUGGGUAGAAAAAUAUCGACCAAAAACAAUUGACGACAUAUCUGCUCAAGAACACACUGUUGCGGUUCUUCGCAAAACACUCACUUCUACUAAUCUGCCCCAUAUGUUAUUCUAUGGCCCUCCGGGUACGGGCAAGACCUCAACCAUUCUCGCUCUUGCACGUCAGCUCUUCGGCCCUGACAACUUCAGAAAUCGUGUUCUGGAACUAAACGCAUCCGAUGAGCGAGGUAUUAACAUUGUACGCGACAAAAUAAAAAACUUCGCUCGUCAAACACCCAGAGCAGAGACAGUUGCCUCGGACGGCAAAGUAUAUCCAUGUCCGCCUUACAAAAUCAUCAUCCUUGACGAAGCCGACUCUAUGACACAAGAUGCACAAGGUGCUCUUCGACGAAUAAUGGAAACCUACGCUCGCAUCACACGAUUCUGCUUGGUAUGUAAUUACGUGACCCGAAUUAUAGAACCGUUGGCUUCCCGCUGUUCGAAAUUUCGGUUUACACCACUUGAUUCCGAUUCGGCUGCCCUUCGUCUUUCACAUAUCGCACAAGCAGAGGAAAUAGAUGUCGACAAAGCUGUAAUCGACGAACUCAUCUCAACAUCUGCUGGUGACCUCCGACGCGCAAUUACCUAUCUGCAGUCCGCGUCACGGUUAUCCUCUUCGUCAACCCCAGCGACCAAGAUCAAACCGGUCGAUAUUCAGGAAAUAGCUGGAGUUGUUCCAACAGCUGUCAUCGAGGAUUUCGCGAGAAUCCUUGGUAUCGAGGUGCAAAACGACAUGGUUGUAGACGAUUCCCCACCACGUGUUGAUGGUCGAGGUGGAUUUGAGCCCAUAAAGAAAUACGUCAAAUUUCUAAUGAGAGAGGGCUACUCUGCUACCCAGAUCAUUUCUCAAGUACAUGAUUUAGUCACCUUCCACCCUACUCUUAACGGGCGCAAAAAGUCCAAAUGCGCCCUUGUCUUUGCAGAGGCCGAUAAGGCACUUUGCGAUGGUGCAGAUGAGGAACUAUGGGUAAUGGAAGUUGGAUUGCGUGUCAACAAAGCCGUUCUUUCAUAG